AUGGCGGUGGAAAUGCCGUCUUCUUUUUUUGCCGUAGCGUCUCCAUUUUUCCGAUUUGAACCAUUGUUUAUAUUACCAAAUCGGGCACUGGAACGCUAUUUUAAAAAAACAGAAUUACAACGAAACGCCGUUAAGUCGCUUUGGCGGCAAAACAUUCGAAAUUUCCUAACGAUUAGGGAUUCCUCUACGCUCCU